CUUUCAUUGAAUCUAUGUUACUCCAUUAUUUAAAAAAUAAAAAUAGAAGGCAAUAACCAUAUAACUGAGAUAGUGUAACAUAUAAAAAUGAUAUUACCAUAAACAUUAAAUAACACUGUCUGAAUAUACCUACCAUAUCAUAAAUCCUCAUUUAUAGCAUUUAGACAAACACAAACAACAAUCCAUCUAAAAAAAAAGAAAGAAGAAAAAACUCAACAAAAAAACAUGGAAGAAGAGAAACAACAACAACAACAACAAAACUUUGGUAAUUAUUAUCUUAGUAACAUGUUGUUACAAGGUCCUUGUGAAUUUCUUGAUGAAUUAGUAUCAACAAUUCUUAGAUGUUUAGGCCUUCAACAAGAUCAUUCUCCUCCUCCUACACCUCCUACUACGACUACAACGGAUGAUGAUGUUGUUGCUGCUUGUACUGAUGUUACUACGACUAUUCCGAGUUCAUCCUCAACUACCGUGAUCGACAACGAUAGUGGUGGUGAAGAUGGGGGUGAAGAGACAACAAUAAGUACUAGUGUUGGUUCAAGUGGAGUUAUUGUGAUUGUUCCGAGUUCAACGCCUUUGAUGGAUAAUGGUGAAAAAGGAGAAGAUGAGACGACUUGUCCGACUCCGGAAACACCAGAUGUAGGUGGUGGUGGUGGCGAUGAUGGUGGUGAUGACGGUGGUGGAAGUGCAGGAGGAGGGGGUGAUUAUUUUCCACCUACAGACACUGAGGGAGGCUUAGUGCCGCAACCAAAGCAGAGUAGAAUCAGGGUUCCACCAAGGCCUGGAGUUAGUACUGGAAAAGGAGGUCAAACUCACUAAACUAACUACUACGACUACGAGUACGUACGUACCUACAAGUUUCUCUUCGUGCCACAAACUUUCAUAUGUGUCUUUCCCAGCUCAAUAAUUUCGUGAUAUCCUUGGGAGCACCGUGCCCUAACCUCUCUUGUAGGUGUGUAAUGUUCGAUUAAAAAAAAAAAAACAUAAUCUCGUAAAAACUUGGCAUCAUCAGUUAUUAAUUGAGACAAAAUGAUGCAGUAGUUCAUCAUAUUUUUAUUUUCAGUUGUGCGUGUGAAUAGUGAAUUAUGGCUUGUGAGUGUGUAUAUGAUCUGAUGAUGAUAUGCAGAGAUUAUAUUCAAGGACAACCCCUACCCAAAAAUAUUGUGUAGUUAUCAGUUAUGUGUGAGAUUUAUCGAAAUUUAUACUUCGUAA